CUGCUGCACUGCUGAACACAUAAAAGCAGCUCUAACCUCAUGAGUCUGAAGCUACAGACACUGUCCUGUUCAGAAGCUGCUCACUGGACAACAGUGUCUUUGGCAGAAAUCAGCUUGUAACAGUGUCCUGAAUUUACUCAGCAGCAGAAUGAAGGUGCUCUGGAUUUCAUUUCUUCUCAUUGGACACAUUAUCUGUGGACCUGUGAGAAUGGGCCCAAGAUCAGGUAGAGCUGACCCACGAUUCAAGCUGCUGCCGCGUUCUGGGUACUGGUACAGUGGCCUUGGGGGGAAUUCUGGCAGUGACGGCAGCUCCACUCUACCAAGUCCACUCAACCCAAGCUACGCCAGAGAAGUUCCUGCUCAAGAUGCUGGCAGUUUCAGUGGCAGGCAAGAUUUCUACAGCACCACCACCAACAUGGAUAAGCUUGAUGGAAAUCAAGGAUAUGUCAGUGGCCCUGAGGAGAGUCAAUAUGGAAGCUCUGAAGCAUCUGCUCCAGGUGACAAUUAUGGUGGUGAAGCUGCAGGAAGUGAGUCUUAUGGAGCCUCUGCGUAUGACCCUGCUGCUCCAGCUGACACCGAUGAUGAGCGUGUCGAUAUUGGAGAUAUCUUCCCCGUCACUGAAGACUCCGUCGGUGACGCUGAAACUCUGGCCAACCACGCCUUUGAUGCUGCCGCCGAAGCCGCCAGGAACCCUGCGCCAUUCUUCAGCGACGUGUCUUAUCAUGAGCCAGUUUACUCCUUCAGCUCUCGUUCUAAAUACCGUCGCGGAAAAGCAGUGUUCUCAAAAAGCCGCUACACCCCAGGAGAGCCUGCUGCUCCUCCUCGCAUGUCACUGAGCAAAUUCAGCAGACCGUCUGAGUAGAGCUGACCUGCUGACCCUCGAGUCAAAUUGAUCCAUGGUUGACUGCUGCCUCUGCCACGUCAGGAUCUAUGUAAACCUCCUGGGUAUCUUCUACCUUCGACCGGUUGACUUCCUCUUGUCUUUACCUUGCAGGUCUCGGGUGUUUGCUGCAGAUCUGAUGUGAAUAAAUGGUUUAAAACUAAAAA